AUGCUUAAAUCAGUUGUCAUUCCUUUCAGAAGAGGGUUAGCCACUUCUGCAAGAUUGUUGCAAGAGAGUGCACCAAAAGCAGCAGCACCAAAAUCAGCAGCAGAACCAAAAACAGCACCAAAAGCAUCAACAUCAGGAAAGCUAACUAAAAAUGAAACUAAAGUUGAUAAACAUCUUCAAUUAUUAUCUCAAUAUUAUAAUCAAGACUUAUUAAAAUCAAUUAAAAUUACUGAAUCAUUGGUUGAACCUAAACCAUAUUUACAAUUAAAAUUAGAUCCUAAAUCAAAAUCUAAAAUUGCCCCAAUUGAUAAAGGGGAUAUUUAUCGUAAAAGUGAUCCAGUUUGGGAAGAACCUAUACUAUAUCCAAAUCAAGGGGAAGGUAGAACACCAUAUCCUGAAAUACCACAAGUUAGAUCUCCAGAUAGACCAGAUUUAAAAUUACGUUUAAUGGAACCUGGAGAAGAGAAAAAGAAGACAAUUAUUGCUGGUGGGGUUAGAACUCCAAGAAAAAUUGCUGAAGAAUUAUCUGAUUUAACUGGAUUAGAUUUUAAUUAUUUGAAUAGAUUAUAUGUUCGUCCAUUAGUUAUGAAGCGUGUUUCGUUGAAGACAUCAAAGGGUAAUAUUCCAAAUUUCUUUGUUUUAACUAUUGUGGGGGAUAGAAAUGGGACUAUUGGAUUAGGUAUUGGGAAAUCAAGAGAUGGUAUUCGUACUGCAGCAUCAAAAGCUCAUUGGAAUGCUAUUAAGAACCUUACCCCAAUUGCAAGAUAUGAAAAUAGAACUAUUUUAGGUAGUAUGGAAUAUAAAUUUCAUGCUUGUAGAUUAACAUUUAAAUCUGCUCCAGUUGGAUUUGGAUUAAGAGUUAAUAGAAAUGUAUUUGAAAUUUGUCAAGCUGCUGGAAUUAAAGAUUUGAGUGGUAAAGUUUAUCGUUCAAGAAAUCCUUUAAUGGUUGCUCAAGGAUUUGUUGAAGCUUUAACUAGACAAAGAUCAAUUGAAGAAUUAGCUGCAAAUAGAGGUAAAAAGAUUGUUGAUUUAAGAAAAGUUUAUUAUUCUACUUGA